AUGUCACAGGUGAUCUCCACCCGAUGUGAAGGGGUUAGGGUGAGGGCUGAUGAACCAAAAUCGGGGCUGGAAAAUGAUAAGAACAGUGGAAAAGAGGAACUCCAGGAUCAUGCAAAGAAGCUGAGUGAGAUUCUUGGCAUUAAUCCAUCACGUAAAUUGGAAUGGCCAAGAUUUGAAGAGAAGGAGACGACAUCGUGCUGCGAUUCGGAUAUAGUGAAGAGGCUCAAGAAGGGUGGUGUGCCCCUAGACUAUAUCGAACCUGAGGUGAAAGAUGGAUUCCAGGUUGCAUUGGUGCUACAAAGGGACGUACAAAGCGAAUUGGACUAUUGGCAACCAUCCAUCCUCAUCUUUGUUCUUGGUGCUAAUCCUCCUUACGAGGUAAUGAAUUCAUUUUAUCGGCGUAUUUGGAAGCAUUUGAAUGGUGAUAAAGUUAUUCUUCUUCCAACUAGACUGUUUGUUAUCCAUUUUAAAACUAUGGAGGAUAGAGAUGAGGCAUUAUCUGAUCCAAUUAAUGACUUAGGUGCCAAUAGCUUCUCAGUAUUAGAUAUGAAUGAAGAUGUUGUAUUACCUGAGGAAGCAGAAUUAACAAAUAGAAUGACCAGGCAAGUAGGGGCAAUGCAGCAGCAGGGACAGGCUAGGAGUGAUAAUCCUCUGGACCCUGAGGUAUGGAGUAAACCUGUAGAGGGCACCUAUAUGUACCAGCGUAUCAAGAAAUUGAAGAACUUGAAACCUGUUUCGAAGAGAUUGAAUACAGACCAGUUUAAUGACAUACAACAGCAUGUGGUAAUGUUAAGGACAGAGUUCGAAGGUGUUCAAGCAGAAUUGCAGAAUAAGGGGACAGAUAUGGCACUGAUAGAGUAUGAAAGAAGACUUCAUGAGGAAUUGAUGCAGAAGAGUAAGACGAAUGUGAGUUUCCUGCAACAGAAAGCUAAGGAACUCUGGGUGAAACAAGGUGAUUCGAAUAAUGCUUAUUUCCAUGCGAGACUUAGACUCAAGACCAUGAGGAACAUGAUUAACUCCAUUGUGGAUGAACAGGGUGAAGUUAUAACUGAUUGGAAUUCAGUUAGGGAUCAUUUCAUCAAGUUUUUUCAUGAUCAGCUUGGCCAAUGCAACACCAGGGAAAGCUCCCAAAUGUCAAUUUUUUAG